UUACAAGCACUCAUUCAAGCAUCCAUUUUCAAAAUUCCAGAGGUUUUUAGUAACCAAAUAUGAUUGGCCUUGGGAGUUACGGUUACACAGCACCAUCUUCCAAAAAAAUCAACGCCUACGAUGUUCCUCAAGGCGUUGAUAUUCGUGGUCGAUUCGAUGAAGAAUUCGCUAAGAUUUUAACAAAGGAUGCCUUACAAUUCGUCGCUGAUUUGCAGAGAGAGUUCAGGAACCAUAUUAAGUAUGCGAUGGAAUGUCGCAAAGAGGCGAAAAGACGAUACAAUGAAGGGGCGUUGCCUGGUUUCGAUCCUGCAACGAGGUAUAUUAGAGAAGGGAAAUGGACUUGUGCGCCGUUUCCGCCUGCGGUGGCUGAUCGGAGGGUCGAAAUUACAGGGCCGGUGGAGAGGAAGAUGAUCAUCAACGCUCUUAACUCGGGAGCUAAAGUGUUUAUGGCUGAUUUUGAGGAUGCACUGUCACCAAGUUGGGAAAAUCUUAUGAGAGGUCAAAUAAACUUAAAGGACGCAGUGGAAGGGACAAUAACGUUCAACGACAAAGCAAGGAACAGGGUUUACAAGCUGAAUAAUGAAAUAGCAAAGCUAUUUGUUCGGCCACGAGGUUGGCACUUACCGGAGGCUCAUAUUUUCAUUGACGGGGAGCCUGCAACUGGUUGUCUAGUGGAUUUUGGCCUUUAUUUUUACCACAAUUAUGCCACUUUCCGCAACACUCAAGGUCAAGGCUUUGGACCCUUCUUUUAUCUUCCUAAGAUGGAGAAUUCAAGGGAAGCAAAGAUAUGGAAUAGUGUGUUUGAGAAGGCAGAAAAGAUGGCAGGCAUAGAGAAAGGAAGCAUAAGAGCAACAGUUUUAAUCGAAACACUACCAGCAGUCUUCCAAAUGGAUGAAAUCCUUUAUGAGCUCAGGGAUCACUCUGUUGGUCUCAACUGUGGCCGAUGGGAUUAUAUUUUCAGUUACGUUAAGACCUUCCAAGGUCACCCGGACCGGUUGUUGCCAGAUCGGGGUCAAGUCGGUAUGACCCAACACUUCAUGAGGAGUUACUCCGAUCUCCUCAUCCGAACCUGCCAUCGACGUGGCGUCCAUGCCAUGGGCGGAAUGGCAGCACAAAUUCCCAUUAGAGAUGAUCCAACGGCAAAUGAAGCAGCCUUUGAACUUGUAAGAAAAGAUAAACAAAGAGAAGUUAAAGCAGGGCAUGAUGGAACAUGGGCAGCUCAUCCAGGUCUCAUCAAAACAUGCAUGGAAGUUUUCACCAACAACAUGGGGAACACUCCGAACCAAAUCGAAACCGUCAAACGCGAUGACGCUUCCAACUUAACUGAAGAUGAUUUAUUGCAAAGGCCUCGAGGUGUUCGUACGAUGGAAGGCCUCCGUUUGAACACUCGUGUCGGGAUCCAAUACUUAGCAGCUUGGUUAACCGGUUCAGGUUCGGUCCCGCUUUAUAACCUAAUGGAAGAUGCUGCGACAGCCGAGAUCAGUAGGGUUCAAAUUUGGCAGUGGUUGAAAUAUGGUGUUGAAUUAGACGGUGAUGGGCUUGGGGUUCGAGUGAACCAUGUGUUUGGGCGAGUGGUUGAAGAAGAAAUGGCUCGGACUGAACGUGAGGUCGGAAAAGAGAAGUUUAAGAAAGGAAUGUAUAAAGAAGCAUGCAAGAUUUUUACUCGCCAAUGCACUGCUUCAACUUUGGAUGAUUUUUUGACACUUGAUGCUUAUAAUUAUAUCGUCAUUCAUCAUCCAAAGGAUGUUUCUUCUAAGCUUUGAUGAAGCUUCCAUGAAAGCUUAGAAUUAUGGGUUUUGAGUGAAAAACAAUAGUGCCAUUGCUAAAUAAGCAAAUAAUCAUAAUCGUGGUUUUACGGGAAAUGGUUCAAUAAGGUAUUAUGGAUGAUGUUUUAUUUCAAUGUUGGGUUUUAAUGUAUUAUUUGAAAGUUUUUAUUUAAGUCAUUAGACUUAUAAAAUUGUUGUUGUUUGA